AUAAACCAAGCUUGAUUUCAGCUACUGAUCACAUGCUACAAGAGCCUCAAUUAAGCGACAAGCAUCAUGGAUUGCUAGCAAUUGGGACACUGGGAAACCACAAUUUGAAAGAAGAUCCAGAGCGGAGCAAUAAUAUUGUUGACCAGGGGAAUUCAUCCUCCUCCCAAGAUCAUCUGCAAGAAUUUACAUCUGAAGAACUGGGCAAGCUUCAGAAGGAGUUGAACUUAUUACUAGAUAUUGAUGAUCAUGAGUCAAACAGCAGCAAAUAUAUCGUUCUAAAUAGUGUAAAAGAUGUUUGUUUGGAGAAUACAAAGGGUGGCGGCAUUGGCAAAAAAUCAUUGUUCUUUGUUCUUAAGAAGAUGUUUGUCUGCAGAAGUGCUGGAUUAGCACCUGCUCCCAGCUUAAGAGAUCCACUCACAGAAUCAAGAAUGGAGAAGAUUUUGAGCGCAAUACUUCAAAAGAAGAUAUAUCCCCAAAGUUGUAGCAGCGCAGCAUUGUCUACGAAGAAAUACCUGGAGAAUAGGCACAUGCCAAAGUCUGCUCAUGGCGAGGAUGAACUGAGUUUUAAGGCCGACAAUAGAAGUAAAUGGAUCAAGACAGAUUCUGAAUAUAUUGUUCUAGAGAUAUAAAUUUACUC